AUGUCAGGCCUUCGUUCUCGUUUGAAGCAUAUCUGGGGCCUCCCCAAACCGCUCCCGCCAAACACGGUCCAGACCGUCCCUCCCCCUGAUUCGAAAGGGGACAAACGGACAAUUUCUAAGCCGAUAUCGAAGACAAAAGACUUUGGAUUUCUGGAAAUUGCCUCUGGAACCGACCCUAUUGUUGAUAUUGUCGCUAUACACGGCCUGCAAGGGCACAGAGAGAAGACGUGGACGACAGAUAACGGAAUUCUUUGGCUCCAGCACCUCUUGCCCUCCGACUUGCCCAACGCUCGAAUUCUCAGUUACGGAUACGAUGCCGAUACUCACAGCCCGGAAUGUGUAUCAACGCAUACUAUGCGUAGACACGCCGAUCAGUUGGCCAAGGCGCUUUCAAUGAGCCGAAAGGACGUCCCCCGGCGACCCAUAAUCUUUAUCACGCAUGAUUUAGGAGGGAUUAUCCUCAAGUGGGCCUUAGUUAUCUGUCACAACCAGAGAUUAGAUUCAAAGGCAGAUCUUCGAGACGUUCUAGUAUCCACGCAUGCUAUCUUUUUCUUCGGUACCCCACACUCUGGCGUCGAAAACACCACUCUCCUUGAAGCAAUCAACCGCUUGGCAGCAGUAUACAUGGAAACAACAGACCUAAUCCUCAAGGAGCUUCGGGCUCACUCUUUCGAGCUUGAGGACAUACAGAGUCUGUAUGUUGCGGCAAGUCAGAAUAUCAACGUCAUCUUCUUAUGCGAAGAAUAUCCAGAUACCAAAAUAGGAGAAUACGUAGAACCGGUGAGCAUAUCGGUAUUCGGAGAGAAUGAUCCAACUGAGCGUCAGAGUGUCCCGUAUCACUCCGCUACGAUCGCAGGCGAUUACAAUGCAACGACGAUUGUCCUCCAUGCCAACCACCGUGAUCUAGUGAAGUUCUCAACCAAGGAGAGUAACAACUAUCAAACGGUUCUGGACUACCUCAGAGAGCAUUAUGAUACUGCGGCUGUAAGGAUAAAGGAGAAGUGGGUUACAGAAGAUAAUUGUCGUAUUGCUGCGAAAGGAGGGCUUCCCUCCCAGAAGGUCAUGCUGCCAAAGCCUCGUCCGCCCGUGUCCCGGAAUUACAUCGAGCGUAAAUCAGUCCAAUCUCUCAUCACGCAGAAUUUGCUUCCUAGUAGAGAGGUACAGAAGCAAAGGUGGUGUGUAUUGCACGGACUUGGAGGGUCUGGCAAAACUCAGCUCGCAACGAACUGGAUUCGGGAGCAUGAAACCAGUUUCACUCGUGUCAUUGUCGUCGACGCUUCGAAUCAAGAGCAGUUGGAGAAAGAUUUGGAGCUGUCGAUUCGCUCCUUGGGGCCGGAAUAUAGCAAUAUGACAUGGAAGGAUGCAAUGAUUUACCUUGAAGGAAAAGAAAAGGGAUGGCUGUUAUUCCUCGACAACGCCGACUCACGAAACCUCAAUCUUCUCCCAUACAUCCCCAAAUCUAGUCAUGGCGCCAUUCUGAUCACCACAAGGAACAGCGAGUGCAUCGGCUACGCUCCGGGCGGCGCAGUUCCUGUCGGCGGUCUUGAGGAGAACGAGGCAGUUGAACUCCUGCACACAAUUGCCAAUGUCGCACCUGCGUCCGAUGAAAAUUCUAUCGAAAUCGUCAAGGAGCUGGGAAUGCUGGCGCUUGCCAUUAUACAAGCCGGAGCGUAUAUUCGCAAGACGCGGCGUCUGGAUACGUACCUCGACACGUUGCGUAGACAUAGGAAUGAACUCCUUCGUAACAAGUUGGGCGUCGGCAUAGAGUACACAUCUUCGACAUAUGCAGUCUUCGAUCUGUCCUUCCAUCGUUUACCGGAUCGGACAAAGAGUUUCAUGAAACUCUGUGCUCUCCUUCACCAUUCACCCAUUCCAACCAGACUGUUUGAGCAGUCGACGCUAUCUAAAUUUAGCCUUUACAGGGUCCGGGAUAGCUGUCCGCCGCCAAAGAGUGACAUGGAUCUCAUAUCUAGGCUUCAGGAUAUCUUUGGUGUAAUAUGGAACCAGCCCAAGUUCCAGGCACUCGUCGACUCGGCCGCAAGCGCGUCGUUCAUUGACAUCUCUAGUGACGGGCUAUUCUAUACCGUCCAUCCGUUACUUCAGAUGUACAUCAGGGAUCGCCUUGAUGAAACUGGAAGUCAGCAAUAUGCACGUAUGGCUGCACUGCUCUUACUAGGUACGAUCCGGCCGAUAGAGGACAGUAACGCAGAACUUUGGCAACUACUUCCUCACGUAAACAACAUAUCCCGAUCCGUGCAAUCAAACAGUGUGUCCAGCGCAUUGGCCUUCCACGAGUUCUAUCACUCUUUAGGUGAUUGGAAGGCGUGCCGGGAGUUGUUAGAGGCGGCUCUCUCCCAACUUCACCAAACAAAGGGCAGGCGGCAUGAAGACUCGGUCUGGGUGGCGGAGAAACUCGCCAUUUCGUUACACAACUGUGGUCAAUUCGAUGCAGGAGAAAAGUUGCAGCGAGAAGUACUCACUCUACGCCUCGACACCCUCGGAAGACGCCACUUAGAUACUAUGAUCGCCAUGAAUAACCUUGGAAACACCUUGAGCCACCGCUCGCAAUGGGACGAGGCUGAGACGAUGUUGCGAGAGGUGCUCGCUCUUCGUCUCAAGGUCCUUGGAGAACGACACCUCGAUACAAUAUCUGUAACCAAUGACCUUGCGAAUACCUUGAGUCACCGUCGUCAAUGGGACAAGGCGGAGACGAUGAUGCGCCAGGUACUCGCUCUACGAACUGAUAUCCUUGGACGACGUCACCGAGACACCAUCUCGGUAAUGAACAGUCUAGCGACAACCUUGAGCCACUGUGGUCAAGGGGAGGAGGCGGAAAAGAUGCUGCGAGGGGUCCUUGCCUUGCGACUGGAAAUCCUUGGUCAACGGCAUCCAGAUACCGUGAAAGCGAUGAACAACCUCGCAAACACCUUGAGCCACCAUGGUCGAUUGGACGAGGCGGAAAGGAUGCAGAGGGAUGUACUCGUUCUCCGCCAAGAUGUCCUUGGACGGCAACAUCCAGAUACCAUCAAGGCAAUGAAUAACCUCGCUAGCAUGUGUUUCAAGAGUGGUCGGUUCGAUGAGACAGAAAAGAUUCAGCGAGAAAUUUUGGCUCUACGGCUGGAGACGCUUGGACGAAAGCAUUCGGAUACGAUAGUAGCAAUGAGCAACCUCUCAAAAACUUUAGGCCGUAUCGGUCGAUUGGACAAGGUGGAGGAGCUGCAAGAACAAACACUCGCUCUGCGGAUCGAGAUGCUCGGACGAUCGGACCUGAGCACCAUCUCGGCAAUGGAACAGCUCGCGAAUACUGUACACGAACGCGGUCAGUUGAGCAGGGCAGAGAAAAUUCAGAGAGAGGUAUUUGCUCUGCGACUCAAGGAUCCUGGACGGCGGCAUCCAGACACGAUCGAGGCCAUGAGGACCCUCGCAAAUACAUUACGCGACCUUGGCAAGUUGGAAGAAGCGGAAAAGAUGGAUAGAGAGAUAGUCGCUCUGAUGCUCGAGGUAUUUGGACGGAACGCCGAAACUCUCAAAGCUUCGUACAAUCUCUCUAUGAAAUUGUACAAAAGCGGUAAACAUGAUGAAGCUGCAAAGCUCGUGGAGGAGACCAUGGGUAUACGCCACGAAGUCCUUGGUGGUGAUAAUCCCAAUACUCGUCUCCCAAAGCAAGUUCUCAGACUGUAA